AUGACCAAGGCGUCCGCAGUCAGCAAUGAGGUCUUCUUCGAGGCCAUCAUCAAGCAUUGUAAGGAGAAACCGGUCGUCGACUACGAUGGCUUGGCUACGGAAACCAACAUGAGCGCUGGCGGUGCUGGGAACAAAGUGCGUGCCUUCUUGAAAGAACUCGAGGAAGACGGCGCUGCAUGGGCGAACAAGGCCGGUGGCCAGGCUACCGCUGGUGCCAAAGUCCCUGUCGUGGCGGGUGUCAAGCGCAAGCGAGCUGCACGGAAGAAAGUGAAGGACGAGGCUGGCGGUGAAGAGACCACUGCCGCUGCCUCCACCAAGAUGGGUGAUUACGCCACUUCCUCUGACAACGAACCUCCAAGAAUGAAGCCAGCUCCAUACCAGGACGGUACAUUUGCCAAGAAGGUCAUGAACAAGGACAAAGGCAAAAGCAAAGAAAUUGUCGCCGCUACUUCCGACAAAGGACCAGCCAACAAGAAGCCAGCUCGUGGUAGAGCUCCCGCCAAAGUCAUGCAGUCUGCACCCAUCAAUAACAGCGUUGUCGAAGGCGAAGAAACCAUCGUUGUUACCUCCAACCAAGGCCCAGCCAAGAACUUGCCAGCUGGUGGUGAGACUCCAGCCAAAGUCAUGAAGUUAGCACCCUCCAUCAACAGCGGAGUCGAAGGCAAAGAGCUCAGCGACGCGCCUGGUGAGAAGGACCUCAACCCCGCAAAGGAGAGCUUUGUUGCGAAUCCCGAGACCAAGACCCUGAUUUCCGCCGGCAACAGCGACGAGAAUGAAGAUGCUAUGACCACCGUCGAGGAUGAAGACGAUCUCGCUGACGACGUAGAUGAAGAUGCUCUCGCUUCUGCCGAGGACCCAGACGAUGUGGCUUCCACCGAAGAUAAAGACGAGCUCUCUUCCGACCAGGAUGAAGUCGUUCCAGCUAUCAGCCAGAAUGCAGCCGCUCCGGCCACCGACGAGGAGGAGAUCGGAGGGCCUGAGUGGCUCGAGGAACUGCUCGCCGGAUCGCCAGUCGCCAGAUUCGUCCCCCUCGAUGAGGUGCUUGUCUGGCAAAAGACAAUCCCUGCGAAGCCAGCCUCUCCUUGGUCUUCGGACGACGAGGCGGACAAGGACGAGCUCGAGAAUACCACGAAAGAAUGA